GAGCAGAACAUCUACAACGUUGUCUUUCAUGAGCUGAUUCGACAGGUCAGUGUGGAGUGUAUGGAGAGAGGGGAGCUAUUAGCUAAACUCAGACAACGAUAUGUAUUGUUACUGGAUAAGAUCCCCCGCCAGGUACUAAGCCUGUAUAAUGACCUCUUGGCUCAGCGGGCUCUGGGACCGAAGUCUCACAGAAGAGAUCGUUUAUUUCAAGAACUCUAUUGGAGAACUGACCAGUGAGUUAUAUCAAGUAAGAGAGCAUGAUCUGCGCGUUAGCAAAGAAGCUAAACAAGCACAAGCAGAACUGGCUAAAGCAUUAAAGAGUGCAAAGAAGAAUGUCCAGCCUUUUGGAAGAGUAUCGUGAUUUGUAUGAAUUGCAGAGGAGUCGUUUGGAGAACCA